AUGCCGACCUUCAUUCGAGGAGUGAUAGGCCAGUAUGCGGAUAGGCCGUCUCAAAAUUUAUUGCCCACAUUCCUUCACCUUUGUAACGCACUCGUGAGCUGUCCGCAGAAUCCUUCCGGUCAGUUUUUUUUUUCUUUUUUUCCACUGCUUACCUGUCUUCGUCGAGACAGGCAGUCCACGACGCCGUUGCCGAGUGCCUCACACGUGCGCAUUUUAGACUUCGAAGGGAACCACCGAGAAGAAACCGAAGCCCCGUUUCUGCAGCAGCCCAGUCUGUUCCACGUCGGCCGUACAGCGAGGAAGGCUUCCGAGAUCGGCAUCGAGGUGGCGCGCGACCGUACUGGACUCCUGGAACUCCUGGAAGCAGCCGUUCUACACGCCGGGGCAAUGAUUGGACAAGCCUUCAGCCAGUUGCGAAGCUUCAUCAGCGGAUUGAGAGGACUCGCCGGCGUAGUUUGGUGUAAAGCAGAGCACCUGAUACUCUUCUUGUCGAACGAAGAACAUGCCCUUGCCGCCUGGGAUGAUUACAUCUUGCGCUUCCGGGAAUUUUUUGGGUUGGAAAGCGAUGAGGAUGAAGAUUCCUCGUCCGAUGAAGAUGAUAAUGACGUUUGGCCCGAUGAAUAGGAUGACUUCUGAUCUCAUGAAUUUUGGUGUAUUCUUAUAGGGCACCUUCUUACAUUUCGCGGAUCUAACUACGCCAACCCUGUCAACCGCGAAUAAAAUUUACCCCAGUACCACCCAUUGUGAAAUGUGCAGAAACAGCGGA